GACAUCAAGCUUUAUGAAGCUAACUUAACCCCUAACUCUAAACAAAUGGACUGGCGAUGCUUUUGAUGGACAUUAGCGGAUUAUAACAAAUAUGUCUCUUAAAAGAAAUUUAUGCUUAAUCGGUGUCAUUAAGAGUGUCAAAGGAAUACUAUAAGAGAGAAGUAACUCAGAGCAGACAGAUCACUGAAACGUUUUACACCUUGAUGUGACGGCGCACACCUGCAAUUAACCUGGAUUCACUUUGUGUGCAACUUGGAAAAUCUUCAAGAAUUUUUUUUUAUAGAACGAAGAAAUAAUAGUAUGUGAUGUUAAACGUAGAGGAUAUGACAGGCAUUAUGCAGCCCAUGGGAUUCCCCGACCCUGGGGAAGAAGAGAUCCAUCAUCACGGACAGGACGAUGCUACGUUAAAUCUGCUUAGUUUUGUCGACAUGGCGUCUAGUAACAUUAAAUUAGCAUUAGACAAACCUUCAAAAUCAAAACGUAAAGUCAAUCAUCGUAAAUAUCUCCAGAAACAGCUUAAGCGGUGUUCGGGAAAAGAUGGAGGCGACGGGAAAAACAAUUGCUAUAAUGGACCACCAGCAAAAAUUCAAAGGAAGGAAAAUUCACAAAUUGGACUUCAAAUAAAAUCACUACAGGCUCUGUUUGAUCCAAGAACUUUACAUGAAAAAUGUUGUGCUGACCCGGCGACAAAAGCUUGUAAUGGUUCCUCUAAAGUUCCAUUGCGUAAAAGGAAUUUACCGCCAUCUUUUUUCACAGAACCAACAGCUCUUGAAGUCAAUAAACAAUAUGGAAACUUGAACGGAUUGUUACCAACAAAUGGCACUGACUUUUCUUCUAUCCAGUUACCAACAGACACAUUAGAAUCAAUUUUAGGACCGACUGAUUUGCAAGAAUUGUUAUCUGGUCCGUGGAACGACACGGGUAGGGAUAGUUCGACUACACCCGGUUGUGACAGUAGUGUUGGGAACUGUAGUCCGCGUUCUUUUUCGGAUUCAUCGGAGAGCUUAAGUAGCAUAUCACCAGGUUUGUCGAAUCAAAAUCAAAAUAAUCAAUGGUUACAACAAUUUCCUAUUCAGGACAGUAAUAUGAACGGACAGCUUUUCCUAGGAGAUAAUUUUGACAAUUUUCAAAAUUCGUUUACAAAUGAUACACGAAAUCAGCAAUUUAACGACAAUAUGGCAUUUAGCAAUAAUUGUUUUGAAACGAAUUUGAAUGACAUUCCCCUGCCGACUUUUCCACAAGCAUUUUGUAAUUCAACAAUUCCAGAUUUAAUCCCAGCGUGUUCCUGGACUGAGCCCCAACCUGGACAACCAUGUUAUACGUAUUUGUGACGCUAAAUUAAUGUGCUUUUUGUGAUGCUUUUUUCCGUCCAUUUUUCAAUUGUGGAGACUGUUC